AUGACCAAUUGCUUGAAAUUUCGCGAUGGCAGAGAACUGGCUUUGCUAUGCGUGCUCCUGUGGACUCUGUGUGAGACAGGAUCUGGGCAGAUCCGCUACACGGUGCUGGAAGAGCUGGAAAAAGGCUCUUUUGUGGGUAACAUCGCCAAAGACCUGGGGUUGGAGCCCCGGGAGCUGGCGGAGCGCGGAGUCCGCAUCGUCUCCAGAGGUAGGACGCAGCUUUUCUCUCUGAACCUGCGAAGCGGCAGCUUGGUCACAAAGGAGAGGAUAGAUCGGGAGGAGCUCUGCGCUCAGAGCGCACGGUGUGUGGUAAAAUUUAAUAUCCUGAUUGAGGAUAAGUUGAAAAUUUUUGAAGUAGAAGUAGAAAUUAAAGAUAUUAAUGAUAAUGCUCCUAACUUUCUAACAGAGGAAUUAGAAAUAAAAAUUGGUGAAUUAACAUUUCCUGGAACCCGAUUUCCACUUAAAACUGCAUUUGACCCAGAUGUAGGCAUGAAUUCUUUACAGAACUACAAGCUCAGCCCCAAUGACUACUUCUCUCUGGCUGUGAAUAGUGUCCCUGAUGGGACCAAAUACCCUGAGUUGGUGUUGGAGCGGGCACUGGACCGUGAGAAAAAGGAAGUACACAAGCUUGAACUGUUUGCCUCUGAUGGUGGUGACCCUGUCCACUCUGGCCAUUUAUGCAUCCAAGUGAUAGUUUUGGAUGCGAAUGACAACCCACCAGUGUUUACUCAGUCAGAGUAUCAUGUAAGUGUCCAGGAGAAUGUGCCAGUGGGAACCCAGCUGAUCACAGUGAAUGCUACAGACCCUGAUGAGGGAUUCAAUGCUCAAGUGUCCUAUAUUCUAGAUAAAAUGCCAGGAAAAAUUGCUCAGGUUUUUUAUCUCAACUCAGUGACUGGAGACAUAUCAAUAUUAAGAAGUCUGGACUAUGAGGAUACUACAUUUUAUGAAAUUAAAAUUGAAGCACAAGAUGGACCAGGUCUUAUUUCAAGAACCAAGAUUCUAGUCACAGUUCUAGAUGUGAAUGACAACGCCCCAGAAUUUACAAUCACUUCUCUCACAGACUCAGUUCCAGAAGAGGCUACAGCUGGGAGAGAAAUUGCUCUUAUCAAUGUCCAUGACCGAGAUUCUGGGCAGAAUGGACAAGUCACAGUUUUUGUCCUGGGAAAUCUGCCAUUUAAUUUAGAAAAAUCAAUAGACCAGUAUUACCGCUUAGUGACAGCCAAAUCUCUAGAUCGUGAACAAGUGUCUGAAUAUAAUAUCACUCUGAGAGCCACAGAUGAGGGAAAUCCACCUCUGUCCACAGAAGUCCACCUCACUCUUCAUGUGGCAGACAUCAAUGACAACCCACCUGUCUUCACUCAUGCUUCCUUUUCUGCCUACAUUCCCGAAAACAACCCUAGAGGAGCUUCCAUCUUCUCUGUUACUGCUCAGGACCCAGACAGUGACAACAAUGCCCGCAUCACUUAUUCAUUGACUGGGGAUACCCUCCAAGGGUCACCAUUGUCUUCCUAUAUCACCAUCAACUCUAACACUGGUGUCCUGUAUGCACUGCACUCCUUUGACUAUGAAGAAUUUAGAGAUAUGCAGCUACUGGUGACAGCCAGUGACAAUGGGGAUCCUCCACUAAGAAGCAAUGUAUCCUUGAACCUGUUUGUGCUGGACCAGAAUGACAACAUCCCUGAAAUCCUGUACCCCACCCUCCCUACAGAUAGCUCCACUGGUGUGGAGCUGACGCCCCGCUCUGCAGAGCCUGGAUACCUGGUGACCAAAGUGGUGGCAGUGGACAGAGAUUCAGGCCAGAAUGCCUGGCUGUCCUACCGCCUGCUCAAGGCCAGUGAGCCAGGGCUCUUUGUGGUGGGGCUGCACACUGGAGAGGUACGUACAGCAAGAGCCCUACUGGAUAGGGAUGCUCUCAAGCAGAGUCUUGUAGUGACUGUGCAGGAUCACGGCCAGCCUUCUCUUUCAGCCACAGUCACACUCACCAUAGUAGUGGCAGACAGCAUCUCUGAUGUCCUGGCAGACCUGGGCAGCAUCAGGACCACCACCAGUCCUGAUGAUUCAGACCUUACAUUCUACCUGGUGGUGGCAGUGGCUACCGUCUCCUGUGUCUUCCUUGCCUUUGUCAUCAUGCUGCUGGUGCUCAGACUUUGGCGCUGGCGCUCAUCACACCUACUCCAGGCUUCAGGAGAUGGGCUGGUGAGCAUGCCUACUUCACACUUUGUGGGUGUGGAUAGAGUGCAUGCUUUACUGCAGACAUAUUCCCAAGAGGUCUCCCUCACCACAGACUCAAGGAAGAGUCAACUUAUUUUCCCCCAACCCAACUAUGCAGACACACUCAUCAGCCAGGAGAGCUGUGAGAAAGGCGAGCCUCUCCUGAUAUCCCAAGAUUUGCUUGAAACCAAAGGAGACUCCAAGCUACUUGUGGUGAGUUAUUUCUUUCUUUGA